AUUUUUAUUCCUUUUCAUACCUCAACUCUUUUGUGUAACCUCUAUUUGAUUGUAGGCUUCAUUUGAUCGGGCAAAAAAAUGGGUUCAAGAACUUCAAGCACAAGGCAAUCCGAAUAUGGUCAUGGCUUUAGCUGGGAAUAAAUCAGAUAUGUUGGAUUCUAGGAGUGUUGCUGCAGAGGACGCUCAAACGUAUGCGCAGGAGAAUGGCCUUUUCUUCAUGGAAACCUCUGCAAAAAGUGCUGCUAAUGUCAAUGAUAUCUUCUAUGAAAUAGCAAAGAGAUUACCACGAGUGCAACCGGUACAGAAUACACCAGGGAUGGUUCUAGACAGACCUGCUGAAAGGGUUGCAAGCACGUCGUGUUGCUCGUAGAACGUCAUUGUUCUACUCUUAAGGUGUCUGCAGAAUGACCUCCAUUUGUAUGCAGAAUUCUUGAGGAAAAGAAAGAGAGAAAAAAAAAAGGGUUGUUGAUGUUGAAUUUAUUAUGAUGUGUAAAUUGACUGCUGUGUUUAGAUGAUAUGCUUCUUUUGCAGCCACUAUAAAUGUGGCAGACUCACUACUUUGUGUUUAUAUGAUGACCUUCGGCUUGCUUCACA